CCCAAUUAUUAUUUUAUUUUUUUCAGAAAAAAAAAAAUCAAUCGGAAGAACGUGGCUGCUGCGAAAACAUAGAGGCGGUAAUAGAGAGACUCUGGGUUCAUCUUGUUUCUCUGCUGCCGAGAUACUGAUCGAUCUCGACGAACGAUUCUGAUCGCAAUCGAAAGUCUACAGAUGGCGGAGCACGGCGGCGGAGGCGGAUGUUGUCCGCCGAUGGAUCUGUUCCGUUCAGAGCCGAUGCACUUAAUACAAGUCAUUAUUCCAAUCGAGUCUGCUCGCUUGACCGUCUCUUACCUUGGAGAUAUCGGCCUCAUUCAAUUCAAAGACCUGAACGUAGAAAAAAGCCCUUUUCAGAGAACAUAUGCAGGCCAGAUUAAAAGAUGUGCAGAAUUGGCACGGAAGCUGCGUUUCUUCAAAGAUCAAAUGUCAAAGGCAGAUAUCAUUCCCUCUGGGAAACUCGAUACCAAAGCUGGCCUUAAUCUGGAUGACCUUGAGGUGAAUCUUGGAGAUCUUGAAGCCGAGCUUGUUGAAAUCAAUGCAAAUAGUGAAAAGUUGCAGCGUGGCUAUAAUGAGCUUGUAGAAUAUAAGCUUGUUCUGCAAAAGGUAUAUCUUAUGCCAGUCCUUUUUCCACACCUUUUGGCUACCCUUUUACUCUUUGCAUUUAUGGUAAGUAACUGUUUCACAGGCUGGAGAGUUUUUCAAAGUGGCUCAAAGCAGUGCUGCAGACAGCAUGGAGAAGGUUCAUCACAUCAGGGUGCUGAAGAAUCUUUGGAAACUCCUCUAUUGACUGAUCAGGAGUCAACAGUUGACCAAGGAAAACAAGUCAAAUUAGGGUAUAUCACUGGGCUUGUGGCUAAAGAAAAAGCCAUGGCUUUUGAAAGAAUUCUGUUUCGUGCUACAAGGGGUAAUGUCUUUUUAAGGCAAUCUUCUGUUGAUGAAGCUGUUACUGAUCCUAGUUCAGGAGAAAAGGUUCAAAAAAGCGUCUUUGUGGUUUUCUUUUCUGGAGAAAGAGCCAAGAGCAAGAUUCUUAAGAUAUGUGAAGCUUUUGGAGCAAAUCGUUACCCUUUUCCAGAAGAUUUGAGCAAACAAACACAAAUGAUAACUGAGGUAUCUGGAAGGCUAUCUGAACUAAAGACAACAAUAGAUACUGGACUUGUGCAUCGUACUAAUUUGUUGGAAACCAUUGCAAAACAAUACGAACAAUGGAAUGACCUGGUUCGAAAGGAGAGAAAUCUAUUUAUCACACGCUAA